AUGGCGAGAACCAAGGUUCAUGAGCUUAGAGAGGGAUCAAAAGCUGAUCUUUCGACUUACUUGAAGGAUAAUAAGGCAGAGCUUGCUCUUCCUCGCGUCGCUAAAGUCACCGGUGGUGCUCCCAAUAAACUCUCCAAGAUCAAGGUGGUGAGGAAGUCGAUCGCUCAGAAACAAAAUUCUGCUUUGAGAGAGGCAUACAAGAACAAGAAGUUUUUGCCUCUCGAUCUUCGUCCCAAGAAGACUAGAGCUAUCAGGAGGAUGCUCACCAAGCAUCAGGCAUCUCUGAAGACGGAAAGGGAGAAGAAUAAAGAAAUGUACUAUCCAAUAAGAAAGUAUGCCAUUAAGGUGUAA